AUGGAGAAGGCGGCAGUCUGCAACCCAGAAUUGGGUCCUCAGCAGAAGCCAACCAUGCUGUCACCCUCAUCUGGGACUUCCAGCCUCCAGAACCGUGAGAAAUACCUUUCUGUUGUUUAUAAGCCACCCAGUCUAUGGUGCUUUCCCCCUUCCCACCCCUCCUUCAACCAGUUCUCCUGUACUCAUCCUACAGGCAAAAGUUCAAACUGCACUCUCAGGUCUAGCAGUGACACGUGGCCACACAGUUCAACCACCAGUGCACGAGAUCUGCAGACCCAAGGGUGCCACAUCCCCAGGCGCCCAGCACCCAGCCCGCUCCGGCCCGUGGUGAGAUGUCCCACAGUGAGGUACCACACCAAGGUGCACAACGGCCAGGGCUUCAGCCUAGAGGACCUGAGAGUGGUCAGCAUCCACAAAAAAGGUAGCCCGGACCAUUGGGAUCUGGUGGAUCCGAGGCGGUGGAAUAAGUGCACGGAGUCCCUGCGGGCCAACGCGCAGUGGCUAAAGGAGUACUGCUCCGAGCUCAUCCUCUUCCCCGGGAAGCCCGCAGCCCCCAAGAAGGGAGACAGCUCUGCUGAAGACCUCAAAGCAGCCACCCAGCCGACGCGACCCGUCAUGCCCAAAUGGAACGUCUGCAAGAAGGAGAAAGCCAGAGUCAUCUCAGAGAAGAACUUCAAGGCCUUUGCGGGUCUCCUCUUGACCCGUGCCAAUGCCUGGCUCUUUGGCAUCCAGACAAAAAGGGCCAAGGAAGCUGCAGAACAAGAUGUUGAAAAGAAAAGAAAGUGCUGUUGGCAAUUUGUGAUUAAAAAAUAUAUAUAUACAUAUAUUAUAUAUAUGUAUAUAUAUAUAGAAUGCAAAAUUCUCUCAUUUAGAAUUUUGAAGAUAAAUACCAAAAGAAAUAGCUAGAAGAGUUCAAAGUAUUUG